AUGAACUCCGUCACAUGGGCACCAAAAUAUCGUUGUGACCAACGGCUAGCUGUGAAGGACACGUUGGUAGUUGUUCCUAGCGUUUGGUUUCAAAAUCGCCGGAGCAAAGAGCGACGUUUGAAACAUUUGUGCAAUUAUUUGAGGCGAUUCGAGCAACGUGGUUUAAUUCCGCCACCAAUUGGCCUCGAAAACGCUGGUUAG